UUCUUGGCGUUCCGACAGAAUGUGACGAUCGAUUUGAUUGGUCAGAUCCCCGUGUUCCCACAGCGCGUGUACAAAUCUCCUCCACGCAGCCUGCCCCCCUUCUGAUUCAGGAGGUAAUCGGGGCUCAUGCAUGAAUGACUUGUCCAGGAGGGUAGACCGACCACAACAAACUCCAUGUCGUGCCAAAGUUAAUCCCUGACAGAGGCUGUUGCUAUCACCACUCAGUCGCCAUUAGUGGAGCUGUGGUUGUCCCACACCAUGGAUGUGCUGCCGAGCGGGAGUAUUUUCAGAGAGCUGCAAGUUGUUCACGAAACCGGCUAUUUCUCGGCGCAGCCGUCGCUGGAGGAUCGCUGGCAACAGAAUUGCCUGGAGAUGGAGCGUUACCUCAAGAGCGAGCCGAGACUAACAUCUUACAAGCGCCUGGGCACCGACGCCAGUCGGAUGUGGGAGGGGUUAGCAUCCGGGGCCGGGCGGGAGUCGGAGCUGGACCCCGACACCGACAUCCCCGACGACGAUGAGCUGGAAGAUGACGAAGAGGAUGAAGACGAGGGCGGCGAUGAACACGACGGGGAGGAGGAGGAAGACGAAGAAAACGGCGACGACGAGUUCGAGGCCGACGAACGCAUCCGGGCGUUGGAGCUGCUGAACCUGAACGAUCGGCCUGCGGACUCGGUCAGCCUGCACAGCUUUUCCUCCACCUCGUCGGCUGUCUCGUGGGACUCCAACAUCUCGGACCCUCCGCUCUCACCUGUGCGGCCCUCAAAGUGCAGUGACCUCUUCGCCCUCAAGCUGGUGGCCGCACCUGGACGCACGGAGACCGUGGCCCUUCGCUCUAGUAUGGCCUCCGCCUCGGGUGAGUUGGCCAGCAAGCAGAGACUGAUCUUGGCUCCCAGUGUAGGGGGCCAGCCAUCCUUGGCCAAGGUGCGCCCCCACAGUGCGCACGCAGGUCUUCACCGGCCUCUGGCCCUACCCGGGUACCGGUCACGCACAGAGAUGAGUCCUGACAGCCGACGCCGCGUCCACAAGUGCCCCUACAGCGGCUGCAAGAAGGUGUACACCAAGAGCUCGCACCUGAAGGCACAUUUACGAACACACACAGGUGAAAAACCGUACAGGUGCACGUGGGAAGGCUGUGAAUGGCGAUUCGCGCGCUCGGACGAGCUGACGCGACAUUUCCGCAAACACACGGGCGCCAAGCCCUUCCAGUGUAAGUACUGUGACCGAUGCUUCUCGCGGUCCGACCACCUGGCGCUGCACAACAAGCGACACACCACCGUGGACCUCUAGCCCUCCACAGUCCAGCGGCGCAAGCACCAAGGGACCUUCGCUAUCCCUCCCUCGCAACGGAGCGGCUCAACCGCCCUGAACGACUGUUCAACGUCCACCCUGGCCACUGCAACAGAGUUCGAAUCUUUUGCUGCCGUUGUUGUUGUUAUCUCCUCAUCGCUGCCAAUCUCACAUCUUCCUCAUUCUCUCUGAGAGAGCUUGAGGUUAUCAUCGGGCACUCGAUACUUGCGUGGCGACGGGAUGAGAUGCGACCAGGGGGGUAGAGACAGCACCUGACCAACAAAUUUGUCUCGAUUUUUUGGUUUGUUUUUCUUGUUGUUUUUGUUUUUGUCAUCGCAUCGGCGGGUCCUAUGAGAUUUGCAGCCAAAAAGAAUGUGCACGUCACUGCAGCUCAAAGACUCAAGAGGAACGAGAAUUGAGGAUUAGAGGGAAAAACCUGGUGCGGACUGUGGAGUGCAGGGCGGGGUGUGGGAGUGGGAUUAGGGAGAAGGGUGCAGACGUGGAGCAUCGUAUAGGUGGGGUGGGGUUGGGUGAGACCGGGGUUGUGCAGAUUGAUGUGGAAAGGAAUAAUGGAGAGGGAGGGACGUGUGACCUGCAGAGGUUAUGUAUGCCAUGUGGCGUUUUUCAGGAGUUUCUGCGUGCAUGGCGGCCAGUACCAUCGGAGUGUGCCCUGAGGAUUUCGCAGUCUUCUCGCGCACUUCAUGUCUGUGGUGGACGCUCCAGAGACAAGUAAGGGAACCAACCCACCAAGUAGACCCUCAGCACAUAACUCCACCCUCCCACCUUCAGUGCAACCCCGCACCCACCUUUCUGUGCGUGAUCGUAAAGAUCGGUCUUGGUCACGUGUUUCAAGUGCCGAACCCUCCGCACGAGCGCCGGGAGCUCGUGCCUCUAAAGGGGCGCCAUUUGAGGUCUCGUAGAAACCUUGGUGGCGACACUGUCGGCAUCGCCUUCAUGUCGACCUUUUGACGUUUGGCACGCGGACAGGUGUGCCUGGACCUCAGCUGCCAUUCCACGGUAAACAAGAGACGUGAAGACGAUAAUGAUAAUAUGCCAAAAGAAUGGAGAGGCUGUUUAGGAGUGCACAGACGUCUUCGCCCCUUGAAGGAUUUGAAAUACAGAGGCUUGUGAGUCGGAUCCCAUAUAUGGUCUUGUGAGCCGCAGUGCGUUCGGAGAUGGUUUCAAUUUUUUUUUCUGGUGGUUUAUCAUUCCACAAACAUUGACUAGUGUGGACAAAUGUGCGGAUACAAGGCAGCCUAUAGUAUAGUGUCUCAAGACUAUUGUGUUUUGAAUGCGGGCUAUGUGCUUUUUUGUUGCAAGAUUGUGCCAAUAUUUGUUUUUAUAAAGUCUUAGAUUUAUGUCGUGACUGUGUCCCGACAUUGUUAUAUAGUAGCAGAAGACUACUUUCCCAAUUCUCCCACCCCACCCCCCAAAAAAAAAAAUUAAAGCUUUUUUUCCUUGUUACAGAAAGGUUCCUAUUUUACCCAUCCCCCAUUCCCCCUUUUUAAGACAAUUGUGAUUCGCACGCUGUUUGGGCAGGCAAACUGUACAAUGAAGAGGAAUUUUUUGUUUUUGCUAUUGAGAAUGAUGAGACAGCAUCGAAGAUGUCUGAUAUUGUGCAUGCACAGAUGUUACUGAUUUGGGGGAUUUUACUGUUGUUGUUAGUCGGGAGGAUUUUGUUGUUGUUAUGGAAAUCUUUGUAUGAAAAUCAAAUAUUCUCAAUUAAGGAUUAAUUAGAUUACGAAUGAAAACUUUUUU